CACCCCCAAGCCCGGUCCUUGGCUCCCACCCUUGUGUACCUGGGCGAAUCCAUUCCUCAGGGCGCGCGGGGGCGGGUGGCUCGGAGAGCCGCAGUAGGCCAAGGAAGUUUCCUCGGAUCGCUGAAAGCCUGCGCUUCGUCCACGUUGUCUCCGUUCCUUAAAACUUCUAGAACGCGGCAGGGUGGACUUGGAAUAGGGAAGAGGAACGGAAGCGAGAAGGGGAGGGGCGUGCACCCCUCCCGGCCGUGGUGCGCGCCGCGCCCCCUACCCUCCGGUACUUGGGAAGGGACGCGCGGGCCGGGCGCGCCUAGACGGCCGCGAUGGCGCUGGUGGCCCGCGGGCUGUCCCGUGGGCUGGCCUCCCGCCCGGCCGCCACAGGCCGGGGCGCGGUCGUCUUCGUGUGGCUCCUUCUGAGCACCUGGUGCACAGCUCCUGCCAGUGCCAUCCAGGUGACCGUGUCAGACCCCUACCACGUGGUGAUCCUAUUCCAGCCGGUGACCCUGCCCUGCACCUACCAGAUGACCACGACCCCCACGGUACCCAUCGUGAUCUGGAAGUACAAGUCCUUCUGCCGGGACCGCAUCGCCGACGCCUUCUCCCCGGCCAGCGUUGACAACCAGCUCAACGCCCAGUUGGCGGCUGGUAACCCAGGGUACAACCCCUACGUGGAGUGCCAAGACAGCGUGCGCACUGUCAGGGUUGUGGCCACCAAGCAGGGCAAUGCUGUGACCCUGGGAGAGUACUACCAGGGCCGGAGGAUCACCAUCACAGGAAAUGCCGACCUGACCUUUGACCAGACGGCGUGGGGAGACAGUGGUGUGUAUUACUGCUCCGUGGUCUCAGCCCAGGACCUCCAGGGGAACAAUGAGGCGUACGCGGAGCUCAUCGUCCUUGGCAGGACCUCUGGGGUGGCUGAGCUCUUACCUGGUUUUCAGGCGGGGCCCUUGGAAGACUGGCUCUUCGUGGUCAUAGUUUGCCUGGCCUUCUUCCUCUUCUUCCUCCUCCUGGGCAUCUGCUGGUGUCAGUGCUGCCCGCACACCUGCUGCUGUUAUGUCAGAUGUCCCUGCUGCCCGGACAAGUGCUGCUGCCCGGAGGCCCUGUAUGCUGCUGGCAAAGCAGCCACCGCAGGCGUCCCAAGCAUCUACGCCCCCAGCACCUAUGCCCACCUCUCCCCAGCCAAGACCCCGCCCCCACCAGCCAUUAUUCCCAUGGGCCCCGUCUACAACGGGUACCCUGGAGGGUACCCUGGAGACUUCGACAGGAGCAGCUCAGUCGGAGGCCACAGCUCCCAGGUACCCCUGCUUCGUGACGUGGACAGCAGUGUGACCUCAGAAGUCCGUAGCGGCUACAGGAUUCAGGCCAACCAGCAGGAUGACUCCAUGCGGGUCCUGUAUUACAUGGAGAAAGAGCUGGCCAACUUUGACCCUUCUCGACCUGGCCUCCCCAAUGGCCGUGUGGAGCGGGCCAUGAGUGAAGUCACCUCCCUUCAUGAGGACGACUGGCGAUCUCGCCCUUCCCGGGGCCCUGCCCUCACCCCGAUCCGGGAUGAGGAGUGGGGUCGCCGCUCCCCCCAGAGUCCCAGGAGGUGGGAGCAGGAGCCUCCCACAGAGCGGCCAGGAAGUGGCUGGCGGGCUGGGCGGCCCCGGGCCCGCUCUGUGGAUGCUCUGGAUGACCUGCGGCCAGACUCUGCUGAGUCAGGGGAGAGGUCGCCCCCAAGUAGUGGGCGGAGAGGCCGGGCCUACGCGCCCCCGCGAAGCCGCAGCCGCGAUGACCUCUAUGACCAAGACGAUCUGAGGGACUUUCCAAACUCCCGGGAUCCCCACUAUGAUGUCAGGUCUAGGGAUCGUCAUUAUGCUGACCCCAGGUCCCACUACCACCGGUCCCGGGACCCUCGGGACAAUGGCUCCAGGUCUGAGGACCCUCAGUAUGACCGGCGGCUGCUAGAAGAGGCCUUGAGAAAAAAGGGGUCGGGGGAGAGGAGACCUUACAGGGAGGAAGAGGAGGAGGAGGAGGCCUACUACCCCCCGGCGCCUCCCCCUUACUCCGAGACCGACUCCCAGGCGUCCCGAGAGCGGAGGCUUAAGAAGAACUUGGCCCUGAGUCGGGAAAGUUUAGUCGUCUGAUCUCACAUUUUGUAUGUAGCUUUUGUACUUUUUUUUUUUUUAAUUGGAAGGAACACUGAGAAAGCUCUUCCCCUCUUAAGUCUAAAUAAAAUUUAUAAUCACAA